AUGGCUGAUGUUGAAGUUGAGGUUCCCGUCAACCCCGUACUUAGUGGGGGUGCUAUGGACGUAAACACAGCCCUGCAAGAAGUGCUGAAGACUGCUCUUAUCCAUGGGGGUCUCGUGCACGGUCUUCAUGAAGCUGCUAAAGCCCUUGAUAAGAGGCAAGCAGUCCUUUGUGUACUAGCUGAGAACUGUGAUGAGGCUGCAUACAAGAAGCUUGUACAGGCUCUUUGCAAUGAGCAUCAAAUUCCACUUGUCAAGGUUGAUAACAACAAAAAACUUGGUGAAUGGGCAGGUUUAUGCAAAAUUGACAAAGAUGGCAAGGCACGAAAGAUUGUUGGAUGCUCAUGUGUGGUAAUCAAAGAUUUCGGUGAGGAGACGCCAGCGUUGGAUGUGCUUAAAGAUUAUCUCAAGUCCUCAAGCUAA